AUGUCCGCAGGGAAUCCAAUUCCCUGCAUCACCGACAUCACAGAUCUCAACAGUGGACAGGCAUUCCUCAUCAUUGACGUUCCCGGCGCUCGGGAGUUCGUUCUCAAGCUUGACUCUUCUAUUUGUGAUGAAGAUGGUCAAGGGGGCCAGAUCUCUGCCCCAGUCAACAUGUACAAGCUUUGUGCAGAGGUUGUGAUUCCAAGGACUGUGGUGAAGGAGCAGCUUUGCCGAAUCUCAUCUGGCGAGGAGAUGCGCGAGCUGGUCGCCUCUCUCUCUUCAGAAGCGGAUACUUGGUCCAUUUGCCGAUCUGAUGAUGAUGAUGAUGAUGAUGAUUCAUGA